CGCAGGGACAUGCGGGUGGCCGGGCGGGUCCCCCUUCACCGCGGGGGCGGGGCCGCGCUGUCCUUUCCGACCCCGAAGCGACGUGCGGUGCCGGGAAUUCCCCCGGCCCCGGGGCUGCUCACUUCCCCGCGCCCACCGGGGAUAAAAGCGGUUCUCCCGGCUCCGGGAGCCACAGACUCCGCUCCGCCAGCUCGCGCUCCAGCUCGCCCGCUCCAGGCCCCGCCGCCCCGACUCUCCGAGCUGAGCCCCAUGGCCCGCGCCGCCACCGCCGCCGCACCCCGCGCUCUCCGGCUCCUCGGCGCCGCGCUGCUGCUCCUGCUGCUGGUCCCCGCCGGCCGCCGCGCCGCAGGUGCGCCCGUGGUCGCCGAGCUGCGCUGCCAGUGCUUGCAGACCUUGCAGGGAAUUCACCUCAAGAACAUCCAGAACGUCAAGGUGACGCCCCGGGGACCCCACUGCGCCCAAACCGAAGUCAUAGCCACUCUCAAGAAUGGGCAGGAGGUUUGUCUCAACCCCGAAGCCCCCAUGGUCAAGAAAAUCAUCAACAAGAUGCUAAACAAAGUCGCACUGAAAGAUGGGACAUUAAUUUGUCUGGAUCCUGAGGCUGAAUGGGUGAUGAUUAUUAUCAAAAAGAUUAUCAACAGGCACCACACAUGGGUAAUCCUGUGUAUCUGUAUAGUUACGUGCCGCUCUGAUUGUAUUGUAGUGCUCCUAACUGAUGGUCACACAAGGAACAUCACAUCCUAUGGGUAUCGAGAGCCCUUGGUAUCAUCAUGAGCUUGGACAUCCUCCAGAAUUUUCUUUGAAAGUAGCACCAACUUAUGCUAAUUUAUGACUACAUUGAACUGCCUUCUUUGCUCAUUCUGACAACCUAAACAUUGUUUUCAGACAGGUGAUUGGCUACUUGUGUGGGAAUAAUGGAAGGAGAAGUAAUGAAAUUUCUAUUAUGUUGGGAGAAUAAUCUCCCAAAUUCAUAUAAUAGGUGAGAGGUUUCCCUGUUAGGCUCAAUAUACCUUAACGGAGUCCACAUCUUCCAUGCUGUACCCUAUCACUUAACUCCUAGUGUACUCUGGCAUUUGAUCACUGCUUUUCACUCAACUCUAUCCUUUGACAUAUUCUUAACAGUAUGUUUCUUGAUUAACUUAUCAACACUCCAGCCUCUUAAUUGCUUGAAUUUUUGAGUUCCAAAGGCUGUAACUAGUCGCCCACAACUUUGGAUCUCAGUAUAAAGUAAUCUAUAGUCUUCAAAACUAAAAUACUCCUUUUAAAGGAAUUUUUCAUUCAUUAUAAGAUCAAUGCAUUUAACAAGAAGAAAAUGGGGUUCAUACAGCUGUAUAAUAGAAUUGUCUUAAAUUUUAAGAAUUUACUCUUAAAUAAAGCAAACUUAAUAGAUAACAUCAGCCAAGAGUAAAAGUGAUCCAACCAAGGAAGCUAUAAAGUCAUUGGGUUGGAAGAGGAGGAGAGGAAAUUUAAGACCAUCAAGACCCAGGAAAGAUCACAAGAUGAUGCCUCAGAAAGAUGAAAUGGAAAACACAGAGCUAAAGUUAUGUUCUAAUCAUUUAACUUCUCCUAGGUAAAAUUUUUGCAUUAGCAACACCAUAUUGAUGAAUAAAAUCUCUCUCUCUCUCUCUCUUUUUUUUUUACUGUUUCUGAAGGAAAAAAAUGUGUUAACAGAUGAGUGAUAUUCUCUUGGAGCCAAUGAAUAGGAAUGCUGUUUCAGAAAAUGUCUUAGUCAGUUGGGGCUGCUAACAAAUUAUCAAAUUGCUAACAAAUUAGGCCAAAUUGUUGGCUUAAACAACAAACAUUUAUUUCUCACAGUUCUGGAAGCCAGGAGUCCAAGGUCAGGGUGCCAGCAUGGUCAAGUUCUUGGAAGGUCCUGGUUUAUAGAUGGCCAUUUCCUUGCUGUGUCUUCACUUGGUGGAAAAAGAGAGCUAGCUCUCUAGUCUCUUUAUAUAUAUGGCUACUAAUAUCAUACAUGGGGGUUCUUAUCUCAUGAACCAAUUACUUUUAGAGUCCCCCCCUCCAAAUACCAUCACAUGGGGAUUAGGGUUUCAACAUAUGAACUUUGGAGGGACACAAAUAUUCCAUCUGUAGCAGAAAGGGAUUCAGUUCAUAGACACUGGAGCCCUGAGGACUUUCUCUUGUCAUCUGCUGUGUCUUUGUCUCUCUCUGUUGACCUGGGGUUUCUCUCUUCUCUCUGAUUUUUGGGUCUCUGUGACAAGUCAUCCACAAAAAGUAACAUACUUUCUCUCAGAUUCAAUUUCCAAUUCCUGGGAGAGAAGAUCUUAUAGGCUAUAUUGAUUCAGGUGUCCACACAGGUCCAAUCAACUGUGGCCAAGGGAUACAGACAAGGCCAUCUGGGACUUAACCACUGUAGGAUGAAGAAACACCUAAGUGAGAGUUUCUUAUGAAUUGAAUCUUUCGAAGGAUUCUAUUACUACAUGUGUGUCUUCAUGUGUGAUAAGGGGAAAAGAAAGGUGAAAGAGAAAACGUAUUUCCUCAGGAGAAACUAUUGUACUUUCAAGAGGUGACAUGCAUGUAUUGAAAGAGCCCUUCUUGGCAAAAGGUCCAGAGAUCUAGGCUCUGCAAUUCUGAGCAAGUAUCUUAACUUCUCUGAACUCUUUUGCAAAUGUGAAAACAUGGCAAACAAAACAAAACAAAGAACCUUCAUUCCCCACAGGAUUGUUAAGAGGAGAUAAUAAGAUAAAAAUUGCUUUGAAAUAAAUAUGAGGGGUGCCUGGGUAGCUCAGUCGGUUAAGUGUCUGCCUUCAGCUCAGGUCACGAUCCCAAGGUCCUGGGGUCGAGUCCUGCAUUGGGCUUCCUGCUCAGUGGGGAGUCUGCUUCUCCCUCUCCCUCUGCCCCUGCUUGUGCUCUCUGUCAAAUAAAUAAAUAAAAUCUUUAAAAAUAAAAAAAGGAAAGUAAGCAUGAAAAAUCGUAACGUAUUAUCAUUAUUAUUAUUAAAAUGAUAAAGUCAGUCCCCAAUUAGUACUUAAGAAAGCCAGUUUUAUGGUGCCUAUUCACAUUGUCUUAUCCACAAUUCUAUCCACAAGCCUCUAAGCUGUCUGAAGCAGGUGGCAAGUUUUACUGCUGUGGAUGGUGGCAAAAACAUGUUAUUAAGCUAUACACUAACAAUUAGCUCCGAGUUUGGGCUUGAGGCAAAAACUCUCUCAGGACCACAGGUACAAGACUGAAUAUUUGAGAGUAUAAAAUUCCAAAUUUCAAGAGAAAGGGAUCAAGCUGACACAGUUUGUGUCAUGCACCCACUCAUGGUCUAGCACCCUAGGCCAGGAGGGUGGAAACACCUAUAGAGACAUGGCCAGCAGCCAUCGCAGGAUGAAGCAGGCCAUUUCCAGAGUUGCUGGUAGACAACUCGGUGGGCUUAAGCAAUAGAUUAGAUUCAGCUGGAGAGAUCAUCAUUUUAGAUGAGUCUAGGAUGCACCAGAGAGAUGAAAAUAUAGAAUAUGCAAAAAGAAGGCUGAGAUUUCAAGAAUAGUAUUGAGACUAUCUGACUUAUUUCUGAAAGGAGUGCCAGACAAUGAGAGGAGGGAGAAUGGAUGAAAAGUAAUGUUUGAAAGAAUAAUGACUAAGAAUUUUGUAGACAGAUGAAAUCCUCAUAUUCAGAAGCUCAACAAAUUCUAAGCAUGAUAGAAAAAUAAAAUUCAUACCCAACUACAUCGUUAAGAACCUGCAAGAUCCCAAAUACGAAGAAAGACCUUAGAAUGAAUAAGCAUGACCUACACCGUGUGGCAAGUGCUUCGAGAAGGAGGGCUCAAGAAAAGGUCACACCUGCAUUAGGUCUCUGGAAUACAUACACGGUUUUUCUAAAAUGGAACUGCUGAGAAUGAAUUAGCUGUAAAAGAAUAGCAAGUUGCUGUGGCUUUCUGUGCACAUUUAUAAUGAAGAAUCAAGGUCACCAAAUUUAGCUUGGGUCAAUUAUGCCUAAAUGCGAGACAGUUUCUAAAGGAUACAGUAAGCUACCAAGAAGAAACCAGGGUUAGUGAUUCAUUUAUUUAUUUAACUAAUUUUACUGGAUAUCUUUUGCUUCCUAAUGUUUGCGGUUUGAAAGCAUCUCACACAUUUUACAGUUUUUCACUAUGAUCCUUUUCUUUAGGUUCAAAGGGAUUUUCAAAAUGUAACGUGCUGCAUGUAUUGAGAAAGGUAUACCUUUGUUCCUCACCGCCCCCCCAGCCCCACCCAUCUUAAUGUGUUAAUGUGGGGAAGUGGUAAAAAGUAAUGGUUAACACAGGAUUUGAGGCAAACAGAUCCUAUUUGUACUACCAUUUACAGAGUAAGUGAUUUCAGGCAAGUAACAAUUCUGAAUUUCAGUUUCUUCUAUAAAAUGUCAACACUCAUAUUUACUUUAAAAAGUGAGUGAAAGAACUAAAGAAGUGAAUGCCUUUCAACUCUUUAUGCUCUAGGAGCCACAUCCAAUUACUCAUUGUCUUUGUGACGGUACUAUCCAUUUCUUUUUUUUUCUUUUUUUCUUUUUUAUUAUGUUAUGUUAAUCACCAUAGGUACUAUCCAUUUCUUGGCAUAAAGCUUGUAUUCAUACUGUUCCCUCCACCUAAAUCGGUUCCCCUUGCCCUGCCUCCUUCCUCUGUACCUGACCUAACAUAUAAAGGAACUAAGAUUUGAGGAAUGGUCUUAGUUUGUAUAUCACCUCCUCUGGGAGGCCUUCCCAUACCUCUCAAGUCUGGGUUAUUGGCUCCAUGUCUAUAUAAACUGUCAAAAUUACAUUUGCUUCGCAUUUUAUCUCAUUUCACAGGGGAAGCUUUUAUUUAUUUUGUUUUAUAAAGUUUAUUUUUUUUUAAGAUUUUAUUUACUUAUUUGACAGAGAGAGACAGCAAGAGAGGGAACACAAGCAGGGGGAGUGGGAGAGGGAGAAGCAGGUUUCCCACGGAGCAGGGAGCCCGACUCGGGGCUGGAUCCCGGGACUCUGGGAUCAUGACCGGAGCCAAAGGCAGAUGCUUAACAACUGAGCCACCCAGGGGCCCCCAGGGGAAGCUUUUAAAUAAACACAAACAACUGACUUGCCAAAGAUUAUAAAGCCAGAUAGUGGCAGACCCAACGCAGGACACCAGGAAUCCUGAUUUUUAUCCUCCAUUACUCUAUUAUCUCCGUUACUUCUGCUUUGGUUAGCAGAACCAGCUCCACCCUGGUUACACCCAGACUGUGGGAUGCUGAGACAUAAAACCUCCAGAAAGAGACCCUCUCUGUGUUUCUGGGUGAGGAGCAUUUCUUCCCUAUGACACAGUAACUCAUCAGGCCGUCUAAGACAUCCUGAAGGCUACUCUCUCCAGCAAAACCAGCCUUCCCCCACUGGAUCAUCAGAUGCUAUCAUCUUGGUCUGGACUGAUGCCUGCUUCUGCAUUUUCUUCUUGGUGCCAACAAAAAUAUGAUUAUCUUUUUAAUUUAGCCAAACCUCCUUCCAGAACUCAUCAUUCACACAGGGAUUUUUCUCUUCUCUUGAGAUUCAAUUAUUGUCACUGCUGAAAAGAACUGUCCCCCUACCUUGUACCCCCUUCCUAUCCUGAAACACGCAUUUAUUACCCAUGACUAUGCCCUACCCCCUGAGACAGGGAGUUCAGGGUGAAGGAGAGACAUUUGUUAUUUUCCCCAAACUCACUGUUCCUCUAUUUUUCUAUUUUAUUACACUAUUUUAUUAUGCUCUUUCUAUUUUAUUACACCAUUCAUCCAGUCGCCUAAGCCAGGAAUUUAGGGAUCGUCAUAGACUGCCCUUCCCCUUCUGCCCCACAUCCAGCCACGCUCUGGAUCCUUACACUUCUCCACCCUUUUUCCACCCUCAUUCAGCCCUUCUCCCUCUUCCCCCUCCCAAUGUCUUAGUUCUGGCCUUCUCAAACUUUCAACAGUUUCCCUGAAAUAGCCUUCUAACUAGUAUCCAUGACUCCAGCAGGUUCCAUUCCAAACAGUCUGAUUCACCACAAAGUGACUGUUCUAAAAUACGAUUACCAGCACAUAAGAAGAAUCCCUCACCUAUGAGGCAGGCCAAUCAUCAUUUCUUACCCAUGGGCCAAAGUUUACAUCAGCAAAUAGAUGUGUGUUAUAUUUAUUGAAAGAAAACAUUUAUGGUAAAAAUUUAAACAGUGUAAGGGGUUAUAUCCUUUUUUUAAAAGGAAAGAAUAAUUUUUUUAAAGGAAAAAAUAAAUUUCCCCCCACCCCAAAUCCUGAGUUGUCUGGUUUCCAUCCCUAGGUGUAAUAAUGAUUUUUACCAGUUUUGGUGGGUAUAUAUUCCCAGAAAUGUUCUCUACAUGUACCAGCAUAUUUGAUGACAUAAAUGAGAGCAUUGUCUCAUUUCAGUACAUUUACUUAUUUAUUUACUUGCUCAGGAUGGGGAGUGGGUAUAGAAUAUUUUAUUGCAGGUAUGUACCAUUGUUCAGCUUACCAGUCUAUUCUGAUGGACAUUUAGGUCUUUUUUUUUUUUUUAAGAUUUUAUUUAUUUAUGAGAGAGAGAGUGUGCAAGAAAGAGAGAGCAUGAGCAGAGGGAAGAGCAGAGGGACAGGGAGAAGCAGGCUUCCCAGUGAGCAGGAAGCCCACUUGGGGGGCUCAAAGAUCAUGACCUGAGCCUAAAGCAGACACCUAACAGACUGAGCUACCCAGGCACCCCUAUUUAGGUCUUUCCAGACUCCGUUUUAUGUGAGAAAUAAUGCUUUAGUGAACAUUUAUGUAUUUAUCUUUUGUGUAUACAAGUUAUGCAUGUAUACCUGUAAUAUAAAUAUGUAGAACAGGAGUGUCUGAAUCAAAGGGUACGUGCAUUUUACAUUUUGAUAAACACUGUCAAAACAGUUCCCAAGAAUUUGCACUAAUUUAAACUCCCUCUAUUAGACUAUGAAAAUGAAAUGUACUGGUAAUGAUAGUGCUUUGUCCAACUUUUUUAUCUUUGCCAGACUGAUAGGUGAAAACUACUAUCUCAUUGUUUGAGUCUAUAGUUCUCUAAAAAGAGUGAUGUUGGGCUUCUUUUCUUUUCUUUUUUUUUUUGCAGCCAUUUAUAUUUCACUUUCUGGAAAAUUUUUUUUUCAUUAUUGGUCUUAUUUAUUUCUAAGCUACAUGUAUACAUUAAGAAAAUAAAUAUUUUUCUGC